AUGGCACGCGACGAGAUGCUCGUGAUCCUCGACGUGUCGACGACCGUCAUACGCGCGGGAGUGGGAGUACACGAGAUCAUCAGGGCGCCCACCGCGGUCAGUUGGUCGAUAGAGUUCAUAUGCUGCUCUCUUGAUCUCGUCAUGUGCUGAGCUCGCCUGUUCUCGGGUCUCACCUUACAGGAGGUCUCGACCCGUGUCGGCAAGCGGCCUAGCAACACCACCGCCUCCAACGGCUCCACUCCGACACCACAACUCAACGACUACCUCGUGGGGAAUGCACUGCUUCAAGUUGAGCAAUCGGGAGAAUCGCUCGAGAUCGUCUACCCCUUCCAGAACGGGCCGAGGGGGUUCCAGGUCGUCGACUGGCUCGCCACAGAAGCCCUGUUGUGCGUGGGCAGUCACUCCAGCAUUUUGAAAUGUACAAUACUCAUCGUUCGCCCCUUUUUUUUACAACAGCCGCUACAUCUUCCACACCGCGCUCGCCCUGGUCCGACCACCGUUGGCACACCCGUGUCUGCUCUCGAUCCCGCCCCACCUCAACCCCGUCGUCGUCGACCACUUCCACGCCCUCCUCUUUGAGCGCCUUCUCAUCCCGCAACUCCUCGUCGCCACCCGCCCCUUCUUCGCCGCCGCAGCAGCCGGCGUUCUCUCCGCCGCGAUCGUCGACAUUGGCGCUCGAGGCGACGGGCUCGAGAUCUCGAUCGUGCACGAGAGUCAAGUCGUCGAAGCCGCGACUUUGACCCUCCCUCUCGACGAAGGCGUCUUGGACGAUUGGGCUUGCCUGUUGCUCUUGCAGGAGGACCCCACCUUGCCGAGCCAGAUCGUGCCCGCCGAUCAGAGCGGGAAUGCAGGCGCUCUUGUCCAGGCCCUGAGGCGCAUCGUCGAGCUGCUCAAGGCCAAGAACGUGAUUGGGUUUGCCCCUACCGCGAUUGGCAAUGCUAGCUCAACCGCCGUUGAGGAGAACGAGGGCGAGUUUGACGUUGCCAAGGCAAUCGUCGAAGGUAAAGUCGACAAGAUUGUCGGCAAGAAGAAAGCGAACGCGCAGGACGAAGAAGCGAUUGGCGAUGUCAUCGAACUACCGAGCCCUUUGGAUGCGGAAAAGACGAUCAAGGUUGGCCCUGCACGGAGAAGGUACUUCGAUCCCCUCUUUGCCCCGCAGUUGCUCCAGCAGUUGAGACCGUCGGCGUCACCGGAGGCGGCCUUGCUCACUCUGACAGAGUACGAAGAAAGGGAAGUGCUGCAUACGGGGAUACAGGAGGCGAUCGGACUUGUGAUUAAUCAGGUCGAGGAUGUCGAGCAACGAAGACUGAUAUGGGAGUCCAUCGUCAUCGUCUCGGUUGGGAAGCUCGCGACGAAUAAGAGUAAGCUUUGAAACUCUUCCGCCUUUCAACGAGGGCAGAUCGACUGAUCCACUUCCUGCCCAAUCCCCUGCAGCCCUCGGUGCUGCAUUGAUACCCCAACUCGAACCUUACGUUAUCGAUCCUGACUCGGGUUCGGAAUCGCAACCCAAGAUCGUCAAAUACGCGCGCACGCCCGACUACUUCUCAGAGUUCAAGGAACGGUCCGGCGAAUUGGCCGUUUACCUCGGGGGUUGCAUCAUGGCCAAAAUCCUGAUCUCGGAUCUUCAGUCGCGCUUGUUCAUGGUCAGUGCUGCCCUUACCCAGUUUUUGCAUGGGUCGCUUUGACUGACAUUCUACAUCAUGGCAUACCUCACACAGUCCAAAGUGGAUUACACCAACAAGGGUCCGGCGUUCUACCGCCAGCUCGAAAAGACCAUGUGA